AUGUCGUCCAUCUCGCUGGCGUUGCUGCUCGUGGCCGUCCUGCUCCUUAAUGCCCUUCUCUACCUGUACCUCAACAAGUUUUACACCUCUCUGGGGCACACCGAAAUGGACCCGAGCCUCUGCCCCUUUGGGUACUUCAAACUGGGAGCAGUGAAGAAUUGCUCUCCGUGGCUUUCCUGCGAGGCCAUAAAUAGGGAAGUCAGGAAACUCAAGUGUGUUGGUGAAGGUGCUGUGAAAAAGGUCUUCCUUUCGGAAUGGAAGGAAAAUAAAGUGGUCCUUUCACAGCUCACCAACUCAGAGCUGAAGGACGACUUUCUCCAUGGACUGAAGAUGCUGAAAGCCCUUCAGAGCAAGUAUGUUGUCCGGCUGCUUGGCUACUGUGAGCAGCAGUUCACAAUCCUCACCGAGUACCAUCCUCUUGGCUCCCUGAGGGGCCUGAAUGAAACUCUCCACAUUCCCAAAUACAAGGGCAUGAACACCUGGCAUCGCAGGCUGAUGCUUGCUAUAGACUACGUGAGCGUCAUUCGGUACCUGCACAGCAGCCCUCUGGGCACCUUAGUGAUGUGUGACUCGAAUGACCUGGACAAGGUCCUCUCUCAGUAUCUCCUAACAAGUGACUUUCACAUCCUCGUGAACGAUUUGGACGCUCUGCCUCUUGUGAACAGGAGUGCUGGCAGGCUGGUGAAGUGCGGUCAUCGAGAGCUUCAGGGGGAGUUUGUAGCCCCUGAGCAGCGUUGGCCCUAUGGGGAAGAUGUGCCAUUCGAAGAUGAGCUCAUGCCUCCCUAUGAUGAGAAAACAGACAUCUGGAAAAUCCCAGAUGUCUUCAAUUUUUUCUUGGGCCAUGUUGAAGGAAGUGAUAUUGUACGACUGCACUUGUUUGACAUCCAUGCAGCAUGUAAGAAGAAGGACCCGGCGGAACGGCCUUCUGCCCAAGAGGUCUUAGACACCUACAGGAAAGUUUUAACUCUGCUUAUUCGGGAGGCAGCCAUGCCUGGUACUAGGGAAAUGUUAUAG